CGUGGCGCCAGGGAGAUCCGGGCCACCCCGGCCGGGCACCUGGCCGGUACUUAGCUGGGUUUGGGGUGGGCCCCCCCCCCCGAAGUCCCCAAUCGAGGGCUCCAUUGGCCGUGGCGGGUGCAGAGGUUGCUGCCAGCGCCUGUCCCCCUGCCCACUUCGCGGGUAGGACUGUCGGGGACAGACACCUGGAGGACGCCUCCAAUCCCCGCAGGGCGCCACGCCCCGCCGCGCGGAGAAAUAAGAAGUGCGCGCCAGGCCGCCCAGGGAAAGCAGCAGCUCGGGCUGUGUGUGCUCCUUGGACUCGGCAGUUUGCGCGCAGGUGCACCCGGCGACCGUGCGGCCAUGGACCCGUCGCGGGGUAUCGGCACCUUCGUGGUGUGGGACUACGUGGUGUUCGCUGGGAUGCUGCUCAUCUCGGCCGCCAUCGGCAUCUAUUACGCCUUCGCGGGGGACAAACAGCAGACCUCCAAGGACUUUCUGAUGGGCGGCCGCCGGAUGAGCGCCGUACCGGUGGCGCUGUCCCUUACCGCCAGCUUCAUGUCCGCGGUCACUGUCCUGGGCACCCCCACCGAGGUCUACCGUUUUGGGGCCAUAUUCAGCCUCUUUGGCAUCACCUACCUCCUUGUGGUGGUCAUCAGCGCGGAGAUCUUCCUCCCGGUGUUCUAUAAACUGGGAAUUACCAGCACCUACGAGUAUUUAGAACUUCGAUUUAACAAAUAUGUUCGUCUCUGUGGAACAAUCGUCUACAUUAUUCAAACAGUUCUGUAUACUGGAAUUGUUAUUUAUGCCCCUGCCCUGGCGUUGAAUCAAGUCACAGGAUUUGAUCUGUGGGGCGCAGUGGUGGCUACAGGAGUGGUCUGCACAUUCUACUGUACACUGGGUGGUCUUAAAGCAGUUGUCUGGACGGAUGUGUUUCAAGUCGGGAUCAUGCUGGCGGGAUUUGUUUCUGUGCUUAUACAAGCUUCAGUGAUUCAAGGGGGAAUCGGCACUAUUAUAAAUGAUGCCCGUAAUGGUGGAAGAUUAAACUUCUGGAAUUUUAAUCCUAAUCCUUUGCAAAGACACACAUUCUGGACAAUUAUUUUAGGAGGGACCUUCACAUGGACCAGCCUGUAUGGUGUCAACCAGUCCCAAGUGCAGAGAUAUAUUUCCUGUAAAAGCAGAUUCCAGGCAAAACUGUCUCUCUACAUCAACCUUGUGGGACUCUGGGUAAUCCUCGUCUGUGCAGUGCUUUGUGGGCUCGCCCUAUAUUCCAGGUACCAUGACUGCGAUCCUUGGACAAACAAUAAAGUGUCUGCACCAGACCAGCUCAUGCCUUAUUUGGUCCUGGACAUUCUGCAAGAUUACCCAGGACUUCCCGGACUUUUUGUGGCCUGUGCUUACAGUGGAACAUUAAGCACAGUGUCCUCCAGUAUUAAUGCCUUAGCAGCAGUAACUGUGGAAGACUUAGUCAAACCUAACUUCCGCUCGCUUUCAGAGAGAUCUCUCUCUUGGAUUUCUCAAGGAAUGAGUGUGCUGUUUGGAGCCCUGUGUAUUGGAAUGGCUGCUUUGGCAUCACUGAUGGGAGCUUUGUUGCAGGCAGCACUCAGCAUAAUUGGCAUGAUCGGUGGACCACUCCUGGGCUUGUUUAGUUUGGGCAUUUUGGUUCCCUUUGCCAACUCAAUUGGAGCACUUAUUGGUCUGAUAGCUGGAUUUGCUGCUUCUUUCUGGGUUGGAAUUGGAGCUCAACUCUAUCCCCCACUUCCCGAGAGAACCAUGCCACUAAGCCUUGAAACCUAUGGCUGUAACAACACAUACAAUGGGUCGAAUUGGAUGACAACCACAGCAAUGCCAUUUUCUACCACUGCUUUUCAAGGACACAACGUUGAAAGGACUCCACUGAUGGAUAACUGGUAUUCUUUAUCGUAUCUAUACUUCAGCACUCUUGGAACUUUGGUAACAUUAUUCGUGGGAAUACUUGUCAGUUUAUCAACAGGAGGAAGAAAACAAAACUUAGACCGAAAAUUUCUAUUAACUAAAGAGGACAUUUUAUUCAAUUUUGACAAUUUUAAGAAAAAGGAGCAGGUUUUAAGCUACAAAUCUCACCCAGUAGAAGAGGGCGGAACCGAUAAUCCUGCUUUCAACCACAUCGAAAUGAACUUUACAGACCCAAGUGGCAGGACCAGCGGGACUCACUUGUGAAGCAGCUGUGAUACUUGAUGAUCGUGCACGGUGGCCCAGUUUUAUAUAUUUUCUAAGACAAUUCGAUCAGGUUUAGAUAUAUAUAUUUUUUGUUCAUCAUGAGUGUUUUGGGGGAAACCUUCGGGGGAUAAAAUGUUGUAACAACAAAGUCCUGACUUUCCUCAUUUACACUUACCCAUCGAUGCUACAGUGGAGUUUAGAGUUUCAGCAUCAGCAUUUCCCUCUCUCAGUUCUUUAUUUCCAUGAAGCUAUAGUUGUGAAAGUUAUGAAAGUUAUGACUCCCUAUGUGCCACAAGGCUAAUACACACAUAUAUACACGUACUUAAUGGUCAAAAGCAUACUCUUAAAUUCAAGCAUUAUUAAAAAUAUUUCCCAUGCUUUUGGUGCUAGCAUAUAAAUUUUGAGGGGAUUUCCAAAAUCAUAACUAAUAUUGAAAAGAGCUUUUCUCUCUCCGACUGCAUACUCUAUACAUAGGGAACAAUGAAGUAACAGGUCUGUGUUGUAUAUAUCUUUGCUUCUCAUUGACUGCUAUCAGUCCAGGGUACAUAUUAGCCUUGGAACCAAUUCUGGCUCAGGAAGGUAGAAAUCAAGAAGCAUGCUGUUUGGGACAGAACAUGGGUCCAAUGAUCAGGUCUUCUUGGUGUUGUGCUUCUAUUUUUAUGCCUUUAUGCUUGUUAGCUAGAGUUCCUGGCCACUGGCUGCUUGUAUUGUCUUCUUAGACUCCGGUUCUUAGCUGCAUUGCUGGUUUCUCACCCAUCAACUUUGGUUUUGUUGUGCACUUUACCUCUGAUUGCCUUCCUAGUUUCCUGUUUACUCUAUUGUCUUGAGACACCCCAUGUGAAUCAUGCUGACCCACGUCCUGGUUCACUAAGCCCCAUCCUAUAAAUUAUAAGCAUACAUGAACCUGCUAUGACUGAAGUACCUUCAACAGAGGUACUCAUGGAUUUGGUGAUCCAAGGACAUUUACACUAUUAAAAAUGCUUAAGCUCCAUGGAGUUAGAUGAUUACAUUCAAUGCAAUUAAGUUGAAUUUUUGAAUGUCAACUAUUUUGUAAUUAAUUAAAUUUAAUGAUACAUAGGCUUACAGAUCUUGAAUUCUAGUACAUUCACUCCGUUAAAGAGCUAAAUUACAUAGGCAAACACUACUAUUGUUCUUUAAUGUUCAGAAAUUAUUAAAUAUAUGCUUUGUUCUAUGUUUUCACAUUUCAAGUAGCAGUCUCAAAGUUUAUUUUGUUUAUUUUGCUACCUUUCUAGCUAAGAGUUUGAUAAGGCUGUCAUCAAUUUUUAUUUCCUGCAGUACCCGCAUUAGAUAUGGUUUAGAAUUGUGUUUACUUUUAGCUUUGCAAUAUUUGAAAAUUAUUUCAGAAAUAUUUAAGUACAUUAAAAUAUAUAAUUAAGUUUUUGAUUAUUUUCUGAUAUUAAUGUAAGCUUACUGUGUACAUUUAUGGUUGCCAAUUGAAAACAUUAAGAAAUAAAAAUAUAGGAAGUAGCUUUUAUCUAAAACAGAUUUAUAUAACAUUUAAAUGUAUCCAAAUGUUUCAUAUGUGUAUAGAUGUUAUUUUUAAUCAAAACAUUUGUAAGCAUACAUUGAAUUUUGUAAAUUUGUACGUUUUAAUGAGUAGAAAGACAUAGUAAUAUUUCUUUUAUGUGAGUGUGAUUUGAACUAUUGUUAUUUAUUUAAUAAUCCUAAAUGCACAUGUGUGUAGAAUUCUUCAAUUUUAAAAAUCAAAGUCAGGUUAAGUUUUUUCUCUUAUCUGGCUGCCAUGGGUUUUGCAAUGUAGUCUUAGUGAGAGAUAAGGUACUUCCAUUCUUGUCCACUUUCUUUUACCGAAGUAUAUCUUUGUGAUAUUAAGAACUGUUGUUCUUUUGUUUUCAUAAAUACAUGCGUGUCAGAUAUAAUACUUAAGAAAUCAAAGUUAUGUUAUUAUUAUUAAAAAGUAUUUAUCUUAUCUAAAUCUUUGUACAAAAUCAAAGAGAGGUAAAAGUUACUGUAGUAUAAUAUAAAUUAAAUAAUCUAAUGUUCUUAAUUAUUUUUUUUAAUUAAUUAAUUUAUUUCUUUUCUUUUUUUUUAAACUUUAUUUUAAAAAAUCUUCGGUGCAAUAUUAAAAAGCAAUACAGCCAGCUGGAGCGACAACCAACAGAAAGAGUAGGGAAGACCCACUGAUCUCACCCCACCCAGGGGAUGGAGGCUGAGGGCAGACCAAGGAGGGGCCUGGUUGGUGGGGGAGGGAAGAAAGGCCACCCAUCAAAAUGAACAGGCAGAACAAAUCAUUUAUAUAGGAAACAUCUGGCUGAACUAAAGAUCUAUGGGAGAUAGGAAACCCCCAUUUCUUUUCUUUUCUUUUUUUUCAAAAAUGUCCUAGGUUGGGGGUGGGAGUGGGCCUCCUGGGGUGAAAUGAGCAGGCCCGGUCCCACCCCACACUCCUCCAUCAGGAAGUCUGGGAUGUGCUCAAUGCCAGAUGUGUGUUGGGGAGACACUGGGAAGAGAUGAGUAGGGAAGGGUGCCCCUCACUGGAAUCUGUUAUGAGGACUGUGAGUGUCCCUAGUCCAACCCCUAGACUCCAGGGGACUUGGGUAAGAUGGGUCUGGAAAGGGUAGGGGCAGGGGUGAGGCUGGACGUUCAGCCUAGGAGGCCAUCAGGGUCAUCAUCCUCAAAGGGGCCUUGUUGGAGCACCUUGAUGUGGUGCUCGUAGAUUUUCAGGGCUGGGCCAAGGCCGGUUAGCACAUCUGUCCACUGCAUGAGCAGGAGAGACUUUCCAUCUAUUUCCUGUUCUUGGAAAGCUGUUGUUGAAAGUAUUACAGAUUUUCCUCCGAUGUCCCCUCUCCCCGGUCCAUUGACACCCUGCACCCUGUCUUCCCCCCCUCCUCCAGGCCUUCACCACCCUAUUGUUUGUGUGUCCAUGGGCUGUGCAUAUAUGCAUAUAAAUUUCCUGGUUAAUCUCUCUCCACUCUCCCCCCCCCCCACACACACACCCUCACCUUCCCUCUGAGAUUCAUCAGUCAUCACAACAAUCCUAAUGUGAGGGAAAAGCUCACACAAGUUUUCUAGUUUUAUUUUGUCACAGACAAAUUGUGUGACCUUGAAUUUAUUCUUAAUCUCUUCUAAUGAUGGAAUAUAACACUAAACACCUACCUCACAGGAAUACUGUGAGUAUGGAAGGUCAGAUAGCACUUUAUUAACUCAAAUAGUGUUACUUUGAAUCUAAUAUGAUUGGAAAUAAACAUUUGAGACAAAGCUCAUUUGCCAGUUAAAAAAAAGCUGUUAAUAAUUUGUAAUGUAAUGAUGUGGAGAUAAAAAAAAUAGGUGCCAUAGAAGCAUUAAAAUAUAUUUAGUGGUCAGCAGGAUUAAUAUAACAGAGAAUGUAAACAUUAAAGGAGGCCGUAGACCAGUCAUAUUCACUCUAUAGAGAAAUGAAAAUUUUAUAUAUAGGAUGUGAAAAAGUACAAAUUAUCCAUUUCAAUAUGCAAUUAUUCCUCUCUAGACCAGUGGUUCUCAAUGGGACAAUUUUGCACCUCAGGGGACAUUUGGAAAUAUUUGGGUACAUUUCUGGUUGUCAUAGCUGGUAAGGAGGUGCUACUGGCAUCUAGUGAAUAGAAUCUAGGGACCCUGCUAAACAUCCUAGGAUGCACCAGGCAGCCGCACUCCUCCACAACAAAAAUCAUCCUGCCCCUGAAAUAGUCGUGUUGUUUGAGAAAUCCUGCCCUGGGGGCUAAGGUUGCAAUCUUGAUUUUCCUGAAGUCACACACCCUGGUGUGUUCCUUUAGGGAAAUGGCCACGAGUCUUUUCACUGAUCUUUCUCAUUUACAUGUCAAAAGUAAGUAUCGCUAAGCAUGUGCAACAUUUUGGUGUGAAAUAAUGACCAUGUGUUUUCACAGCAUUUUGAAAAUAUUAAGGACUGUAGAAUUGUGAAUAAUUAUGAAAACAACUCUUAACAGUGUUGUUUCCAGAAUUAACACACAUUAGGAUGAAGGAAAUAUGAAGUAUAUGAAGAUUUUAUAAUAUUGUUUUAUUUAUAAAAAUCCCAGAAGGUAUAGUUUAUUGUUAACAAUUGAGUGUCUGUCCAUGAUGUAGAUACAGGGGACUGGGAUGGAGUAGAGACGAGGGGAGUUACUUACUCUCUAUGUUGAUUCUUAUAGGAAAUUCUGACUUUUUUCCCAAUAAUAAUAGUUGAUACUAAUUUAACUGAGUGUAUGACCAUUUAGUUACUGGAAAUCCUACUAUACAAUUUAGUCAUGGUAAAAUUUACUUUUACAUUUAAGUUGUGUGCCCAUUGUUUGUGAAAAAAACUUGAGAGACUUGGACAUUAAAGUGUAAAAUAUGGUUGCAUUUCUGAUUUUUCAUCUUGCUGAUUAAACACUCUACAAGUGUC